AUGUUACUGGAGUUCUACUUUCGAUAUCUGAUGAUUUGCAAGUAAGUGAAUAUGCCUGGGGCUAGGGCUAGGACUGCAGUAAACUUAUUAUCGACUGUUUUUCUUCAGAGACUACGUGAUGACCAAGUUACAUAUAGCAAAGUUCAUGUUUCUGUCCUUGUGUUACACGUCUUGGAACGCGUCGUGGAGUGUGUACGGUUGUGUACAGACGAUGGCCAAGUUCAGUACAAAAGGUGUUGACAUUCUUUUUGAAAACAACACGUUUUGGUACGAAGAUGGUAGGCCCAUGACGUCGAUUGCUUUGUACAAGGUAAUGAGGUCUUUACCAUGGCUUUUUCAGAUAUUGUAUUUGAUAUAUAAAAAUAUGCAAAUUAUGCAAAUUUAUAGUAACUUUGGUCCAUUUUCUAAUAAUUACAGUAUACUUGAGCAAUAAUACCGUAAAUUUUAAAAAUUUCAGGAAGCUCCAGGCUCUGGAGUAUUUUUACUGUGUGGUACUCUACUCUGCAUUGGCAGUUACUCUGGAGUAAUUUACUUCAUUUGGGCUGUAUAUAAACACUUAUCAGCUCAUAGCGACAGUAUGACAACAAAAACGAGAAAACUUCAAAACAACAUGAAUAAGGUCAUGUUGAUACAGGUAAUUAAUUUACUAAACUAUAGAGGCUUAAAAAGUUACAAUAUAUAAAUAUGGCUAGAGCUAGGAAUAGGAAUAUUGCUAGAAAUAGGAUUAAACUAAGCUUAAGCUACGACUACGGCUAGACUUGGGUUCGGCCCCGGCUAGGCUUGGGCUAGGCCUGGGCUAAACUGGAGCUAGACUUAAGCUAGUUUAGGUUUAGGCUAGAUAUGGGCAUGGGCUAAAAUUAGGCAAGCUAAGUUUGGAUUAGGCUUCGUAUAUGUUUGGGCUUGAACUAUGGCAGACUUUACAGUAUAUUGCCGUAAUUAGACAAAAACUAAAUUUCAGGCUUUGAUACCUUUAACAAACUGCUCUCUACCAAUCACUGUAGCCAAUAUAGCAAUAGUAAUGAAUGUAGACUUCUACCUUACUGGCACUAUUGUUAUCACAGCUUUCUCUUGGAUAUCAGUCAUAAAACCAAUGUCUACAAUCUACUUUGUGAAACCAUACCGAAGGCGAAUACUAUCGUUUAGAAGCAAAGGAGAUAUAGCUGUGAGUAGAACCUGGCACUCGUAUGAAGACACUUCUGUCGCUGCUUAA